AUGCAGGGUUUGUGGUCCCGAGCUGUUUCGAAGCAGCCAUCCUGCCGCUGUGUCGGGUGUUUGAGCACUACUGCCAACGGUGUUACUUCGCGGGCAGCGACCUCUAGUAAAAGACGACUUCGAAUUGGAAACUCCGUUACCGCACUUUACGGCAGCAUUUUCGCCGGUGCUGCUAUUGCCGAUGCGAGUGUAAAGGAUCGCCGCCGACAUGACUGGGAGGAAAAGAUCGCUGCGGUGAAGGCCGAAGUGAGCGAGUUGGUGGAUGAGGAGGAGCGCAUUCUGGCAUCAUUACAAUCACGAAGAGAAAACCGAGGACUCAAUCGUCUAAUCCAAACGAGGGGAUUCGGUACUGUUCGCUUCCCUCCCGAAAUUCAAUACCCAACCGGCUUGAACAGAAUAAGAGCCUUCCACACGGAAAGAACACGAUUGAACGCGGCCGGGGCUCGGAUGGUGGAAAAUCAGCAAGCUGGGGAGGAUGAACACACAAUUGAUGAGGAGGAUGAGAGCGAGAUCUUCCUUCCGCAGGAGACAUUGCCUAGUUGGGUCUUGGAAGAUGAUCUUCGUCUGAAGGCCAUUCAGAAACUUGCUUUAAGGCAAUUUGCUAUCCGGAUUUUGUUACGACCGGCCAUCGCCCACCGUUACUCGGGCGUUUCAAUGAACUAUGCGGCGGAUUUCGAGACCCCCCAGGUAAACGUGUCGCAGCUCCUGGAGGAGCUGAAUCAUCUUCGCCAUCGAAUGAUCACCUUGAAAACGAAUAGGCACGCCACAUACAGCGACAUCACCCAGGACUAUGCUGCGAGUCAAUUGGGCGAGAUGCAAAGAGAGCGCGAGGCCCUUGAUGCCGAACUCACCAACGACAUCCAAAUCUACACGAGCCAGCAGAUGUCUCUCCAGGAACUGCUUCUGCGGAUAUCAAACAACAUCUUGAGCUCGAGGGACCCUGAUCGACCAACAGCUUUCCGGCUCAUGAUCAUGGCAUUUGGCCAGACCCGCCAAAAUGAUCUGGUCGAGCUGCUUCUGCGGACGUUAUUGCCGAACCGGUUCUUCCUCAACCCUUCGCUUGUGAUCACGAUCAUCACCUUCUUCAGGAAGUCGAAAAAUCUCAAAGAUUUCGAUUUGUUCUUGAAGAUGCUCGGCGGAGAAGGCUACUCCGUCAACCUAGGGAGCAGGGGGGUUUAUAAGCACCGCACGGUCAAUGGUAUAGACCUCAUCGUUCCAUCUUUAAACAGCAGCAAUCCAGUAAUCUACGCCGCCUUGAUAGGGGCCGCAUUACGUUUCGACCAGCCUGACCGAGCCGACGCUUGGCUUCAAGCUGCACGGGGUGGGGGCUUCUUUGAUAGUUGGGAAACUCUGUUCACCUAUCUACGGUUUUACAGCCUUCGACGGGACUGGGAUAAGGGUGUGAAUGUCUUGAAACGAGCCGUGACCUACCUCUUGUCAUCAACGGACCACCGUCUCGAUUCAGUCGAGCGAUUGCUUGGGCGAAUGGUCGGGCUCUGCGACUCUUGUGACCGACUAGAUGCAUCGGAUGCAUUGGUGAGAGCCGCCGUGCACAGUGGCUUUGACCCGAGGCUCUUAUCACGACAGUCGGACUCUGGACCUUUCGUUCAUGCUGACCCCAAGCGGUGGUCUAAAGCCGCUAAGCAAACACCAAGGGAGAACAUCGACCGCCCCUUGUGGCAGAAGUGCUAUGACUUCGGAAACACCUUUGGGGAGUACUUGAGCCAAAUUGAGGUGCCGGCGGAGGAAACCUUCGCUCGACGCAAUGCAAAACUCGCCGAUCAGCAUGCUGAUAAUGCUCUUUUUACUGCCCUUGGACCUGGCCGACCGCCUGCCUCCGGCGAGAGAAAGACACCUGUUGGCAACACGGUAAAUGAGGACAUUUCCUCGCUCAAGGGCGAGGUUGCCCAACUCCGCGAACUUAUCUAUGAGAUUCGCAAACACCACAUCUCUGAACCCUCCACACAAGAUUCUUCCCGCACUCCGACUAGCGAGGAAACCCUACCUCCAUCCGCUGAAACCCUCACACCUCUCAAAACCCCGCAAUCCCAAACCCCUCCACUGAGUCGCAAUUUCACUAGAACUUCUACUAGGAUCAGCCUCGCCAGAUCUCAAACUUCAUCUUCAUCAUCACGGAAACCAAGCAAGCGAAACAGGCGGCGAGAAACCAGCGCAGAUCAAUCACCAGUGGAAAGCACAGCUCCUGUUGCUGACCCCGCAUUAUUUGCCAGCUGA